CCGCGGGGCAGAGCUCAGCACCCCACUCACCCAGCGCAGAGCCCGCAGAGGAUGCUGAGCCGGCAUGGCCCCCCUCGGCACAGCCCUGGCAGUGUGCACAGCGCUGCUCCUCGCCCAGCCGGCACACGGUGAGAGGCUGGCGAGGCCAACACGGGUGCGCUUUGCUGCAGAGACAGCACAUCAUCUGCUGCGGUGGGAGCCGGGGCACAACCCCCCCAGCAACAUCCUCUACGAAGUGGAGCACAAAGUCUAUGGCACGAAUCAAUCCUGGACAGCCAUCCCAAACUGCAUGAGGAUCUCAGGGCACGCCUGCGACCUCACGUACUACACCCUGGACCCUGCCCUGCGCUACUAUGCACGGGUCAGGGCUGUGUCUGGAAACCACACGUCCCCGUGGCAAAGGACCAACUCUUUCUCCCCGCAAGAAGCCAGCCUGCGCCUGUCGGGCCAGAGCCUCUCUGUGAUGGGCAACACCAUCCACGUGCAGCUGCAGCUGCUCCUCCGGACAGGGAACCUCACCGUGAAGUACGACGACAUCCAGAAGCAUGCGAGGCGAUACCGGGUGUACGUCAGGAGGGUGCAGGACAAUCAGACGUAUGAAGUGAUGGAGACCGCCCCAGAGUUCAACAUCAGCAACCUCUUCUGGGACACAGAGUACUGCAUCAGCGUGGAGCCCACCGUGGCCAGCCGGCGCACCGGCACCACACGCACCGACGAGCAGUGCGUCACCAUCAGCCAGAGAGACAGGAGCGCAGAGCUUGUCCUGAGCACCGUCAGCUCCUCCUUCGUCACCCUCUUGCUCUUGGGGCUCCUGGCAGCUCUGCUGGUGUGCACCUACAUAAAGAGACCCAUGAGGCCGCCGUCCGUCCUGAAGUCUUUCAUAAAGCAGAGCUCGCUCUGGGUGGAGCAGGAGUCCUCACCCUUGAGCAGCCCCGAUGCAGACCCCAUCCAGCAGCUAUUCCUGUGCCAGAAGGAGCCCCGUCAGGUCAGUGUCCCCACCAGCAGCACCAGCACAGUCCAGCUGCCCCCGGAGAAGGGCUGGAGGCUCCCAGCAUGGCCUGAGGACAAGGUGUGCCUGCCGGGGCCAGGGGCCAUGGGGAGCGGAGACAGCAGCGGCACCAGCACCGACAGCGGCAUUUGCCUGCGCACCUCCUCCUCGGAACUGAGCUGCUCCUCGGGCACCGAGCCCCAGGGAUACAAGAGGCAACUGCCCACUGGUGAUGACAGUGGCGUGGGCUUGGAGAGCUCCUGCCCUCGCCUCACAUGCUCCUCUGGGAACACCAGCCCCAUGGAGGACAGGCAGCCCUGCAGCGGGGAGCUCAGCAUCAACCCUGACACCAGCCAGCAAGACGUGGAGUUCCGUGGGUACCUGCAGCAGUCCAAGGGCACGGUGGAGCUAAGGCACGACCCAGCCAAGGGGAUGCCCUUCUCGGUCUGUGCGGCAUCCCUGCAGGGCCUGGGCAGCACUGACAUUGCGCUGGAUGUAGAGUGCUCUGAGCUGGCUGUAGUCAAAGGGUAUUUGAAGCAAUCCUCUCCUGAGCAUCCCCACAGCCACACACAGGACCUUGCUCCAUGGGGAGCCCCUCAGGAUCCCACUGCGUGGGGCAUUUCCAGCCAGGCAGGGCCCCAAGCCCCCAGUCUGCUGAGCUAUGGGGCUCCAGGUGCUCCCCUUGCCUCCAGAGCCCACCCUGAGCUCCUGAAAGCUCCCUUUGACCCGAGCUUCUUCAACACUGACCUCAUGGAGACGCUGCCGCUCAUCUCCAGCCUCAGCACCAACAAGUGGCUCAUGCUGCAACUCAACCCCCUGAGCCUGCUCAAUGGGGACAGCAAGGACAGCCGCCUGUGAGCAUCCCCACGUGCUGACCCAACUACCUCUUCUAGCCACUGCCCACAGCAGCAGCUACUCUGAUAAGCUACCACCCACCCCUGAAUGUCAGUGCAUCAAACUGAGUGGUGCCCUGGUGAGGACUCACUGGAGAAGCACCGGUCUAGUGACUUCUGGGGCUGCUUUGGCCCUGGCAUGGCUGUGGCCAGCCCCCAGCACCUUCCCUCUGCCACUCUCUGGUACAAAGCUAAGGAGACACAGGGACAGGCUGUGCUGGAGGGGCUCGUCCCUGCCUUCUCCAGCCACCAAGCCCAAGGAUACACACACCAGGAUGUUCCCAAGGUGCAAUCCUGCCACAUCUGCCCAGCACAGGGCAUUGUAGCCUCAGGGCACCCUUGAGACCCUGUGUUUUCCCUCCCCACUUCCCCCUUUCACCGGGCUCCUCCAGCUGACGUCCGCGCUGCUGAUGCUGUCCAAACCUUUCACAACAGACACCAGCAGCAGCCUGACGUCAGGCAUCCUGCUGUGGGACGCACAGAGCUCCCACUCUGGCUGGCCUCACUUGGAGGGAGCGAGGGGAUUUCCUGACCCUACAGAGACCUUUCAGCAUCCAGCCCCUAUGACAGAGACCCGGGUGCGGGCUACCUCCAGCAGGGUGCAGGAUGUGUGCAGCAGCCACCCUAUGAGCCCAGCACGAGCCAGGGCAGCCCUGCCCACACUAUGGUCCAUGUUAUGCCACUAUUGCGUACAGACAUUAUUUAUUCUAUUUAAUUUGUAAAUACAGAAAGGAUGUGGUCCAUCCAAA